AUGGCGGGAAAAGUGUGUAUGGUGAUGGCAUUGGUGAUGAUGGCAUGUGUAUUACAAGCAUGCAAUGCUGAUGAGGGCAAGACAACGCAAAACCCAAAGUUCGAGUGUUUCAGAAACUGUUCCAUAGAAUGUGGAAAACAAAACAAACCUUGUUACCAAGAUUGUUUGACGAUAUGUGGUCUCCCACAACGACCUUCUAAACCAACUACAUCUUCAUCGCCUUCCUCCACCGUCUAA